GUCAGAAGAUGGCUGCCUCCUUCAAAGAGGGAUCUGCAGAACUGCACGAAAGCAUCACUAAUUUCUUAGGGACACGUGAGUUUCUUUUACUGGAUGCUCGGUUCCACAUCAAGUCCAAAGUAGAGGAAAUUGUCAUGGUUUUGAUGCCAUGGCGAGCAUUGGUGGUGAUGGCAAAGCUUCCAUUCAAGGUCCAAGUUAGCUUCAGCUUCCUAGCUGUACAGUUGAUCAAACUGAGAGAAGCUAAAAAGGUUGUCAUAGAAACGGAUACUUCUUCCUUCGAGCUUGACUUCCUGUCAUCAGACGAUCUGGAACAUGCGGUCAGCCACAUGAUCACAUCACUCAAAAAGGUUUUUCCAGGAUCCUCACCUGGAGAUCUCCUCCAGAACGCCCCUCCCAGCUUGCUUGCGAGAAUUCAAGGGAUGACCGAUUCCUUGGAAGAAGCAUGGAAAGAAAGUCCUUGCGGUGGAUUUUCUGAGACCUACGCGGCCCUCUGCGAUUACAGUGGGCUUUCUGUCCGAGAGGAAGUCCAAUGGGAUGUGGAUAAUAUUUAUCGUGCCCAGGGAUGCAGAGAAUUCAACCUGUUGGAUUUCAACCACCUGCCCAGCCAAGAUAUUGCUCUUUGUGUGGCCAGCUUAUCAUUCAAUCAAUGGUUUACAAAGCUACAUUGCAAAGACUUCAAACUGAAUCAGGUUAUUUUGGAGGAGAUCCUUCUGGCCCUAAGAAAAUCGGUCACUUUGGAAGAAUUGGAACUGGAAAACUGUGGCUUAAAAUGUGACUUUGCUCAGCAGAUGGCCCUUGUCCUUCAAGAAUAUCCAGACUGUGCUUUAAACAGCCUUAAUCUCUCUAGAAACCUCCUGGAGGACCGAGGUAUAAUUGCUCUAAGCCAGAUCUUCGAUCAAGGGAACAAGGGUUUCCGGUCCCUGAACAUCGCAAGGACUUCUGUCACUCAGAAAGGAAUGAUGGCCUUAUGUCAAUCCUUCGUCAACAAUGGACAAUUCAGAACCAGCCUAUCCCAUCUGGACCUCUCUGGAAAUCCAGGAAGUUUGUUGGCUGAAGGUGGAAAUGGUUUGUUUUCCUUCCUGAGUCAGCCAAAUGCUCUGGGUCAUCUUGAUCUCUCUGGGUCAGACUGUGCCCUGGAUAUGCUCUUUGGUGCCUUGGCUGGUGGAUGUUGUGUAAACCUGACUCAUCUGAAUGUCUGCAAGAACGUUUACUCUCACAAAAAAUCCAGAGGUGAUCCUUUUGCAAUCGGCCAGUUCUUCAGCCAGGCCUCUGCCCUACAAGAGGUUUCCAUGUCUGGAACCAAGCUUCCUCCAGAGGCUUUAAGAGCUUUGCUUCAGGCUUUAGCCAACAACACCCAACUGGAGAACCUGCACCUGGACCUCAGUAGCUGUGAGCUGAGAUCAGCAGGAGCCCAAGUGAUCCAGGAUCUGAUAUCAGAUGCCAGUUCAAUCCGUGACUUGAAUUUGUCAGACAACGGCUUUGAUUCUGACAUGGUGACUCUGGUUUUGAGCCUCAACCGAAGCAAAUCCAUUAAACAUGUCGCGUUAGGGAAGAACUUUAACAUCCAAUCUAGAGAGACCCUAGUUGACACCUUGCACCGGAUUGUUCAACUCACUCAGGAUGAAGAUUGUUCAAUUGAAUCUGUAUCAGUGGCCGAAUCGCGCCUGAAGCUGAGAACUGGCAUUCUCUUUCAUGGUUUAGGAAGCAGCAGCCAUCUUGUGGCCUUGGAUAUCAGCGGAAAUGCCAUGGGAGACCUGGGUGCCAAAAUACUGGCCAAAACUUUGUCGGUGAAUAAAACUCUCAGGACUCUAAUGUGGGACAGAAACAACACAACCGUAUAUGGAUUUCUUGAUGUGAUUUCAGCUUUGGAAAGGAAUUUCAUCCUCACGAAAAUGCCUUUGCCCAUGAACGACAUUGCUGUGGCUUACCGGAGUCAUCCAGAGAAAAUGGAGGAAAUUGUGCACCAGAUACAGUCUUACCUUGCAAGAAAUCAGAUUCAAGCGAACCUGCCUAAGGAGACAAGCCAGCUCCAGAUAGACAAUGGGAACCCCAAGGCAGUGAAACAUGCUUGCCAGACUGUGCAGAGGUACAUUGGGCUGCUGAGCUGUGUUCAGGAUUUGGAAGUUAAGGCUGAUCUGCUUUGGGCUGAGGAAGCCAUCAAGGAUGCAAGUUGUUCCUCUGAUUAUCAGGUGGCUGCCCAAUGGAGACAUUCUUGCUCUCUGGGUCUUCUGCCAACACCGAGUUUAAAUGGUCUGUCAGAACGGGCGCUGAAGGUAGGAGCCGACGAGAACAAGAUUGGGAGUCCCCAGCCUGAGCUGUCACUCAGCCGUGCCUCCGCGAAGUCACGCCCUGCUUCCACAAAGGAUGCUAAGCUUGGGAGCGGGCUGCUGCCUCGCACAGAGCCUGCAUCCGCAGCAUCCCUUAUGGACCUGCCGACUGCAGGGGAGAAAUUGGAGCAUUACACCCGAGACAGGCCCAGGCCGAACCGAAGGAACAGGCAGCCUCCCAGCAAGUCGAAUGUCCAGCCGCCUGUGCGUGAGAAUACAGAAGACAGAAGCAUUGCCAGGCUGGAUGAAGGCUUAGAUGAAUUCUUCACCAAGACGGUGAUUCAUGAAUAUUUACUUCCUACUUCCUUGGAAACCUCUCCAACAGCUGCCGCAUCACCAUCUUCUGGUUCUCGGACCUUGAAAAAGAAAAUCGGACACUUCUUUGCCUUCAAGAAGCCAAGGUCAAGUCGAGGGACCAAGUCCGAGAAAGACUCUGAGGGGAGCCCCUCACCAGCAAGAGGCAGGAAGUUGAUGCUCAGUGACAUUUUAAGGACCCCUAGCAAAGCCAACGACUCGGCCAAAGCGCUAAGCAAAUCUGAGGAAGGGGGGCUGGCUGGGGAGAACAGAGGCUACCUGGACCAAAGCCAGACACCAGAUAGUGCUCGUAGGGCCAGGCCAAAGUAUUCCAGAGAAGGGAAGUCUCAGUCUUUGAUACUCUUGUCAGGAGAAGAGACAGAGGGACUUGGUGUGAGGCAUGAGAAGAAGCGAUCCUUUGAGAAGAGCGAUGGUGAGCUGCCCAGUUCCUUUGAACAACGUGUCCAUGUCAUGUUGCAUCGGAUUGGGGUCACCAAGGUGUUGUCUUCUGAAGGCAAAAAGAAACAGAGCAAAGAUGGAGAAAUCAAAAAGGCCGGAUCUGAUGGGGAUAUUGUAGAUUGUUCGUCAGAGUCUCCUCCAUGCUCUCUGAAAUCACGAACCCACUCCAUAUCCACAGGUAAGCAUCCUUCCGUACGCACAGGAUCUGUGGAUCCCGUUGGCCGAGCAGGCACGGAGCCAAGUGGUGGAUCCUUUGAGGGCCGACUUUCGUGGAAGGUUCUUGGGAAGCAGCUGAACGCCGAGUUUAAGGGCAAGUGUUCGGAACUCAGCCCUUCGCCAAGAAGAGGUUUUGCCGGUCAGGAGCCAGCCGGGCUCCGGGAGCAAAAAGGGAGAGAGGGCUGGAGCAGCAGUUUGCCCAGGACUGGGAGAAGCACGGCUGCUCCUCUUCUGCUCAGGAGGACCAGCAAUGCGGGCGAAGGACGGGCGUCUGUCGAACUGCAGAAUUCCUUCGCCCACUUGAACACGGUUGCUGGAGACAAUCAGUUCAAACCCAAACCUCGCCUAAAGCCAGCGGUCAACCGAAGGGCCAUGUCUGUUCAUGAAGAGCAGCUCAGGGACCAGGCUUGUGCGGCCGAGCUUCACCAUGCAAAAUUCCCUCUUUCUUUGCAACGCUCCCCGAUUCUGAAAUGGAAGACUAAGCCCAAGUUGCUUUUGGAGACUGGACCAUCUGCACCCUCGGAUUCUCUAGGCCCUCCCCCACAAGAACAGAAUGUGGUUGCCUCCGACUCGAGAGCAGAAACAGAAGAGUUGCCCCAGGCUACAGAACAAACUCUAAAGAAUGCACAAAAUACAGCGCUAGACCAAAGAACUGCUGUGCCCCUCUCCAAGUCUCCAAUACAUGAGCAUUGAAUGAUUUCUGCAUGAUGGCCGCUCCGUUGAAGGACAGAGGGAAGGCUUACGGUUUGAAGCAACAGCCAGCGGUGAGGGUGCGAAGAGUUCUUUGGUACAAGGAUGAGCAAGGGACCUGCCCUCCCAUAGCUCCUUGGCUGGAAGAACUGGGAUUUCCAGUGAUGGAUAGUGGCAUCUUAAUCUCCUGCACGUCUUUUCUGGAUCGCCUCGUUUCAUCUUUCAUCCUUGUACACGCUCAUCAAAGUGCCCAGUAUUCUAAUGGUUUGUGUGAGGAAAGCCAAAAUCUCCA